AUGGCUCGUGGAUCACAGCGCAAAUCAUCUGAUAGAGAUCAGGAGAAGGAGCUUCCUCUUUGGGCGUCAAUGAUGCUGGAACAGUAUUCCGCAUGCGCUGAUCGAAUCGAAAAGGCACUUAUGUCUUCCUUUACCAGGCUUAUCGAUAAGGCUUGCGUCUCCCGUCUGCACACUUCCAAUUCUGUGGAUCCAAACCUGCUCUACUCUACGAUAGUCAAGGUGAAAGCGGAUGGUAGCAAAAUUGAUGAUAAGCUGAGGCGCAUCACUUGGGUGGGCAUUGGAGAACAAGAUGACGAGCUCGCUACGAGGAAAUUCGAUAUGGAAGCCUUGAAAGAAGCGGUUCAUUCUUCUGGAGAUGAGGAGCUGAUAAAGGAAUUCUCCAAGGGAACUAUAACUGCCCGCUCUAAAGAUAGACUACUUCGUCAUAUGAGGUCAGGACGUCAAAGCCUGACAAGGCGUUUCGUACAUUCCUACGCUCGUAGGGAUUACACAGUCGAAGAGUUGGAGCUGGAUCGCGCUCUACGCAGACAAGCAGGUCAGUCCAAUGCGGGUCUGGGGAAGCUUCAAUAUGUGGUACGGGAUCUCCAGAUACAUAAAUUAAAGACUGCUAGGGAGCUUCCUACCCGCUCUUCAGCGAAUACCCCGGGAGCAUUGCGGAACUCCUCUGGUACACCCGUGGGGUCUUUUAAUACAUCUAUGGUGGGCACUUCUGGCAAUUCAAGUCUCUACGCCUAG